UACAUAUAGAUUCGUUCCGGUGAGACAAAAUAAUUUCAAAUUAAAUUCAAAAGGAAGAAGUAUGAAAUAUUUAAUAAGAUGGAUUUCGUCUUUUAAGCCCAUGCGAAUUUCCACCGUUUUUAGGCUAAUGGGCCUAUAUAAAGAUUGUCUCCUUGUAAAAGCACAUGGCGAACGUCGGUGUUUACAACGUUCAAAGCACAAUCAAAGUAUCCAUGUGUACACUGCUUGCUGAACUUCAGAAACAGGUCACAUUAAAGACAGUCAUAAAGGUUGUUUUAUGCUCGUUAGUUAGAUGACUGUUCUUGAAUACUCGCUUGCUUUGAAAAUGUACAAUAUAUACAUAUGCAUAUUCAGCAUUACCUGAGCGAAUGCGCAAACUCAUGCCAUUGUGGUGUGUUGGCUCAAAUCACGUGAUCAGUUUGUUGUGGCGAUAGUCGCGUGACGUCAUUUUCUCCAACCUGUCGCGAUCCACAUCGCAGUAAUGAUCUAUUUUUAGAACUCCACGUGGCCUGAAAUUGACAAGGCAAAGUUGCGUGUUGUAUAUUUCGUCGCCAAGCUGAUGUAUAUAAGGCUAACAGUGGUGUAUAGAGUCAUAUCGACGACGGUCAAGCAGACAGACAACACAAGGGAUAAUACCUGGUGAUAUUUCAGAGUGGAAAAGGACAAUUGGGAUACAACUUUAUCAAGUUCAUAUACACUGUCAAAAAAUACAUUUCGAGGAAUAGUUAUUGUAUGUGUGACAUUGAGCGACAUCACAAUGGGUUUGUUACUAUCAAGGCUCAUGCAGAUCUACAAUGAGUUUUCAUCGGAGCCAGCUCGUAUACUGAUGCUUGGGUUGGAUGCGGCAGGUAAGACGACAAUCCUGUACAAGAUGAAGCUGAACGAGAGCGUGUGCACCAUCCCCACCAUCGGCUUCAACGUGGAAACCGUCAGCCCGGUGAAGGGUGUGACGUUCACCGUGUGGGACGUGGGGGGUCAGGAGAAGAUCCGACAGCUGUGGAAACACUACUACCUCAACACACAAGGUCUGAUCUACGUGGUGGACAGCGCAGAUCGUCUGCGCAUGAAGGAAGCCAGGUCGGAGCUCCAUGGAAUCUGCAGUUCGCCGGAGAUGGCGGGGGUGCCGGUAGUGGUGAUAGCUAACAAGCAGGAUUUGCCAGGUGCCCUCAAGCCCACUGAGGUUGUCGAGGAACUUGACAUGGGUGACCUCAAAAACCGGAAAUGGUACAUACACGGCGCAUGCGCACCAAAUGGAGAAGGGUUGUUAGAGUCGGUUCAGGAAAUGUCACGACUUGUGAAAGACUUUCAAAAGAGUGGUCGAUGAUGAAUAUGGUCGCUCCACAAUAUCAAAUAUAGCAAAGCAAUCAAAACUUCACAGUGGACAAUUAUAUGACCUAUGAAGGGACCAACACUGCCGAGAUCUGGGACAGAAGAUAUAGUCCAUAGCUCUACCGGGGUCACUCUGGAUGUUGAUCAUCCUGUAUGUAACUUCCUGUGACGGACAAACUUGAUAUUGUUGUUCAGGGUUCACUCAAGUGUGGCUGUGUGAAUUUCAAAUUUACGUUAAUAUUGAAAUCAACUUCAUGUGAGUGAGUGAGAGUGAUUGUUGUGUUAUUCCGCAUGUGCAACUAUUGGCCACGAGCUGUGACUGACUGCAGACUGUGAUACGUUAGGCACGCCAAGUUUGAAUAAUUCACCCGAAUGAAUUUACGUACUUUCACAGAUUUAUUAUGAUUUUGUUGUUUAUUUGUAAACAUUACGUCAAUAUUUGUUUAUUUUUUCUUCAUAAUAAACAUGUUUUUACACCUGGUA